AUGGAAAGCGAAAACUUUUUCAGUACUGCUGCCAUAGAAAAAGCAAUAGUUAACAGAAAAGUAGACACAGAAAAUAUAAAAGUGAAUUGGCUCAAAAUAAGAGAAAUAGAAGUGUUGAAGAAAAAGCCUUUCAGCAUUUUUAUGAGAACUGAUUUUGAAACUGCUGCUCAAGAAAUCAACAUUGAAAAAAAAAGGGGUAUGCCUUCGAAUUAUUCCAACUCCAAUUUCAGUAAACUCCUUGAGAGUCUGUGGCCCAAUGGAAAACCCAUUGCGGAAAAGAAAUUGGAAGAUUUGAAAUCCUUACUAUGCUUCAUUCCAAAAGAUGCCAAAAAAUUCUACAAGAACUUAAUAGGCGACCCCUAUAUUGAGGAAGACAUAAAUGGGUUCAAUGCCCAACCUGAUUUUCCACUAGAGAAUGAUGAUUAA